AUGCAUACAAGUUUCUACUUCAUCUCUGUAUCUCAAGAACUCAAUUCUCUGCAAAAAUCCAGGGGUAAUUUAUUUACUAGUGGAGCUGAAUUUCUCUGGGGAUUUUCUGCCCUUCAUGUUGUAAUGGUUUCCUGUGCAAUUUCUUCAUGGACCUUAACCGGUCUUGUAAGAUCUUUUAUUGACCUUACUCUAGCUUACUUCCUUAUAUGUGGAUCAACUUUGGGUUAUUUUGCCUGGAAAUUUUGUGAUGUUUUUGGAAUUCUCUUGCCAUGCCCUUGCUCUGGGUUUUUUGGUUACCAAAAUGGCAACCUCUGCUGGCAUAACCUGCUUAUUCAAUGGCCUAGGAGAAAGAUAUACUCUGUUCAAAAUAUGGCUUUUAAUAGGUUCCCCUGCGACUCGGUUUUGAUCCACGAUCGAGAGUUGAAGCCGAAUGAUGUAAAAUUUGGCUUCGAGGUCAGUGGAUCGGAAGGUGAAGCAUGUUCUACUUCUCUUUCAGGUCUGAAAUUGCUAACUAUGGUGGAUAAAGAUGGUGGAUGUGAUGCCAUCGGAAUGAGAACCAUGAAUCAGAAGCAGAAAUCAGGAAUUCGGAAGCGCCGGAGGACUGCUUUUGGUAAUGGAAAAUCGACCCCGGUAUUAUUGUCUGGAAAUUUCCCAUCAUCAGCUGUUGCAGGUGUCUCAUGUUCUUCUAAUAUUAUUGGUGGUGAAACACGAAGUGAGAUUAAGGAUAAUUUCGGUCCAGUUAGCGGAAUUGAAGAUAGUUUCCCUGAUGAUAAAAAAACUCAAACUUGCACCGAUGUCGGUGAGGCAACCCGGCAUGGUUUUGAAUUGAGCAGUGGAGAGGAAAAAGGUUCAACUUUUCCGAAAAAAUCCAGCUGUAACAACACUAAUGAAAAAUCGAGGUUUAUAAGAGAUGAAGCGAAUUGGAUCAGAACGCUAGAACAAGCUCUUGAAGAAGAGAAAACUAAACAUGCUGCUAUAUGCCUGGAAUUGGAGAAAGAAAGGGCCGCUGCCGCUUCUGCUGCCGAUGAAGCGAUGGCGAUGAUUUUGCGUCUGCAAGAGGAUAAGGCUUCUAUAGAAAUGGAAGCAAGGCAAUAUCAAAGGAUGAUGGAAGGAAAAUUUGCUUAUGAUGACGAAGAAAUGAACAUUCUGAAAGAGAUCCUUGUUAGGAGGGAGAAGGAGAAUCACCUUUUGGGGAGAGACCUCGAAGCUUACAGGCAGAUGAAUAAUCUAGGAGACAAGCCGGAGGAAUGUGAUUUUAGUUAUACUUUGAGUAAUGACGGACAGCAGCCUUUGACUCCACUUGGUAUAGAUGAGGAUCUGCUGCCAAUGGUGAAACGGGCAGGGAACAGUGGAUUGUCUGCAAAGAAGGAAGUGGGAGCAGUGGAUCAUGAUGACAUAGCAUGCCAAGAAAUUGCAACCAAAACGGUCCAAGGCAUUGAGAAAACGUCUGAUGUGGAACCGGCUGUCUAUGAUGUUCAUGUUGUUGAUGAUAAAGUAGACAUUCCGGAGAAGAACACAAAAGAAAGUAAAUUGCCAUGUGGUUCUGCUUUAGAUCACAAAACCUCGCUAUACGACUUGGGGAAGACUUUUUCUGGGGUCAGUAAUGAGAUGUUGGCGAUUGGUGUUGAAAUCGAAGGCCUUAGAGAGAGGUUGCGAAUCGUGCAAGGAGAAAAAGUGAAGUUGAUUUUCUCAUCAGACCAGAGGAAAAUGGUAGAUACCCAUUUGAAACUCAUGGAGGAGCUGGUGAACCAGCUUCGAGAAUUUCAGCAGCUAAAGGAUCCCAUUCGACAGGCUUCUUUACCUCCUUUGUCUUCAUCUUCCGAGGCUGGCUUCAACAGGAGACGCUGCCGGAGCUUAUCGGAUGAAAUCGAAGAUAGUGCCUAAAGCCAUGUACAGUAGCCUAUCAAAUCCGGGAAGGAGAUCGAUCGUUCGUGCUUGCUUAGGUUUGUGUGAGACCUUUUUUCAGAUAAUUUGUUAGAAAUUUCUUGAUAAAAACUGUAAAGUCCAUAAAGAAGUUAGUUGAUGUUUGUUGGCAGCUGAGAAUUUGUAUGCGAAAACUCUGUUAAUAUUUUAGUUUUUCUUUCAAGUAAAUAUAGAGUGAAAGUUUCAAUCAAA